CUUUCAAAGGUUCUUCUAUCAUUCCAUUGUAUGUGUUUGAAGGUAGAUGUGUUUAUGAUCAGUGCGGUAACUUGUCUUAUUUGGAGUUACAUGCACAAAGAGUGAGGCAGGCUUCUGUAAAUACCAGUGUGCUCAGCUGUGUGUAUUACAGUGUAUGGAACUGUGUAUAACUGUGUUUUACACAUCCAGUGCUCUCCUUGAAGCCUUUUUCUCUGUGCCCCGUUUAAGAGACUGGUAUAUACAACACUCACAAAGAGAACUCCUGUGGAUGUACUUUUUUUUUGGCAAAUAGUGAAGAAAAGGCAAAAGUCUUUGUCCGAAAACUGACUUCAGGAAAAGUAUAAAUUAGCAGAAGAGAAGAAGCAAGAUCAGUCACAUAGUGAUCCAAUGGCUUCUUUAUACGUGGGAGACCUGCACCAAGAUGUGACCGAGGCAGUGCUGUUGCAGAAGUUCAGUCCGUUCGGUGCCAUCCUUUCUGUGAGAGUGUGCAGGGACAGGAUCAACCAUCAUUCACUCGGCUAUGGUUAUGUGAACUUCCAACAACAGGCCGACGCUAAGCGUGCCUUGGACACUAUGAAUUUUGAGGAAAUCAUGGGCAGGCCAAUUCGCAUCAUGUGGUCCCAGCGCGACCCAUCCCUUAGGAAAAGUGGCGUCGGCAAUGUCUUCGUGAAGAAUCUUGAUAAGUCUGUAGACAGCACAACUCUCCAUGGCACGUUCUCUGCUUUUGGCAGCAUUCUCUCCUGCAAGGUGGUGUGUGAUGAGAAUGGCUCCAAGGGCUAUGGAUUUGUGCACUAUGAGGCCCAGGAGGCAGCAGAAAAAGCCAUUGAGAAAUUGAAUGGCACAUUGUUCAACAACCGCAAAGUGUUUGUUGGACACUUCAAAUCUCGGAAACAGCGUGAGGCUGAACAGCGGCUGCAUGAGGGUACACUGAAGGCCAUGGACAAGAUGAACAGCAGGGAGCUGAAUGGGAAGCUCAUCAGCAGGGGACAUGGCCAGAAGAGGAGCGUGACUCAAGCGGAACACAAGCAGGGAGUCAAUCUUUAUGUGAAAAAUCUGGAUGAUGAAGUUGAUGAUGAGUGUCUUCGCAAAGAAUUCUCAACAUUUGGAACCAUCACCAGUGCUAAGGUCAUGAUGAAUGGAGGCCGGAGCAAGGGCUUUGGGUUUGUGUGCUUCUCCACCCCAGAAGAAGCUACCAAGGCCCUGACAGAGAUGAAUGGCCGCAUUGUGGCCACCAAGCCCCUGUAUGUAGCUUUAGCCCAGCGGAAGGAGGAGCGCCGCGCCGUCCUCACCAACCAGUACAUGCAGCAGAAAACUGGAGUCAAGACCAUGCCCAAUCUGGUCCUCAAUCCCUACCAGGCAGCACCCCUUCCUUUCUACUUCAUGACUCCUGUUGCACAGGCUCAGAGCUAUGCUGCAUACUACCCAUGGAGUCAGAUGUCCCAGCUGAAACCCAGCUCUUGCUGGAUGACCCAAGACAUCAAAUCUCAGGCCACCCAGAGCGUGGGGCCAUAUCCUGCCAACGCAGCCACAACAGCCCUCACUCCAGCCUGCUACAUGUCCCAGCAGCAUUUGAACACACAGGUAGCCAUAGAACAGCACCCCAUCCAUGUCCAGGGUCAGCAGCACCUGACAGCUUCCACAUUGGCUACUGGACCCACACAGCAACACAAGUACUCUCUGGGACAUUGUCUCUUGCCAUUUGCCCUGAACAUGCACCCCUCUGGGCUGGCAGGUUCACUUGCAUGUAGCUGGAGAUGGACAACUGAGUGCUGCCACACGUGGAGUCCCUCAAGUCCCUUUGUUCCAAGGGGGAUGAGGCUGCUGCAAGGCUGCAUUUCCACCAGGCCGAAGAGUCUGCACAGAAGACAGUAACCUGUUCAGCUGGAAUUUCAAGUGUCUCCACAAAGGUGUGGACUG